CCCACCCUGUUCUCUUUCUCACACCUCAUUAGAAGUGUAAGCUUCACUUCAUACUGAUACGGAGGAGACACACCAGCGGUGGACGAUAUGAACUACUUCUGCUGCGCUCUCCUUCUGGCCUGUGUGUGUGUUCACGCCGUUCAGGCCGCUAUCGGUUCCUCAGCGAUAAACUGUGCAAGUGGAAGUAACCAGAACGUGGGUUCAACUACAGAGGGCUAUGAAGGAGUUGUAGAGACCCUGACUAACAUCAGCCCGGGUGAUGACCUGAAGCUGGAGGAUUACCCUUUCACCGGUAGUAAACAGUUUCUAGAGCUGGUCCAUGUUCCUGAAGAAACGACCGCCAUCGUCAGGACCACAAAACCCCUGGAUGCUGACGUCCUAAAAGAGUCUGGUGGAAUACUGUACUAUUCAGUGACAUGUGGAAGCACAGGAAAUAGGAACAUUCGAGCGAUCCAGGUUGCUGACAUCAACGACAACGCGCCGGUUUUUGAACGGAAAAUCUACACGGCUACUGUAUCUGAGACUGCAGCAGUGGAUUUCCAGGUGCUGAAGGUGCAAGCGGUUGAUGCUGAUGUUUCACCAGAAAACAGCAGAGUCACUUAUUCCAUACUGCCUCCGGUUCCUGCUGAUUUUGAGGUGAGGAACGAUGGAAUUAUCAGACUACGCCGCCGGCUGAACUACAACGUUGUCAGCGUCUACAACUUCACCGUGAAAGCUGCGGAUGUUGGCGAUCAGUUUGACACGGCCACCGUCACCAUCGAAGUACAAGACUUCGACAACAUGAACCCGUAUUUCGAUCACGCUCUGUACCAGGCAUCUAUCACUGAGAAUCAGGUCGGAGUCUUUACAUCAGUCACUCCGGAGGCUAUAAAAGCUCAGGACGGAGACAAAGGAAUCAACCAGCCUGUAGUUUACAGCAUCAUCGCCGUCACUCCAGCUGAAUAUCAGCCCAACUUCAGUAUCGACCAGAACACCGGGGUCGUCUCCGUGACGACGGCGCUGGACAGAGAGGAAAUAGAAAGCCUCACGCUCCACAUACAGGCAGCUCAGCAGGACGACGAGACUAAAACCGCCAACGCUGUUGUGUUCGUAAGGGUUGAGGACUUGAAUGACAACCCACCAAAGUUUGACCAGAGCGACUACACUGCAGUUAUACCAGAAAAUUCCCCCACAGGGCAGUUUGUCCUUCAGGCCAGAGUCACAGACCUGGAUCAGGGAGGUUUUGUGGGAACGCUGAGGCUCGUUCCGGAUACAGUUCCGUUCUCCGUCAGUCCAGAUGGAUCCAUCAGGGUGAAGACGUCCGCCGAGCUGGACAGAGAGACAACCCAAGGCUUCGUUUUUCAGAUUGAGGCGAGUGAGGACCUGCCCUCCACAUACAGCACGACAGCCAACGUGAACAUCAGCCUCUCGGAUGAGAACGAUAACAGUCCAGUGUUCGGAAGCACCAAGUAUGAGGGCAAAAUUCCCCUGGAUCAGACUGUUGGCAUGGCGGUUGUCAAGGUAGAAGCUACGGAUCUAGACGAGGGACCGAACGGGGAAAUCAGAUACUUCAUCGACUUUGGGAAUGAAGAAGGUUAUUUUAGCAUCAAUGAAAACACGGGCGAGAUAUCGUUAAACAAGACCAUCCCUCUCCUGGAGAACCAGAUCCUGCAGUUUUUGUUGCUCGUAACAGCAAGAGACGGGGGCAGCGUGAGUCGUGCGUCCUCUGUUCCAGUGGACAUUAAAGCAUUUGGAGACUCUCGUCCACAUUUCCUCCAGAAAACAUAUCGAGGGAAAGUUGAGGAAGAGCAAGAGGCGGAGACGGAGAUUGUCAAGGUUGCUUUCCUGUCCGUGUCCCCUUUCACCUUAACCGUCGAGACGGAAGCAGAUAAGUUCUCCAUAGACCAGCUGACGGGAAUGCUCAUGACAAAGGUCAGACUAGACUACGAGGUCCAGAAGAACUACACUGUCCUAGUGUCUAUUUCAGACGGCACUAUCCGGGAUGAAGCCUCGGUUCACGUCGAAGUACUGGACAUCAACGACAACAGUCCUGAGUUUGCCUCUAGCACGAUUCCUGUUAACAUCCAGGAGGACGCAGAGAUCGGAGCCAAUGUGACCCAAGUAGAAGCCAAGGAUGCAGAUUCAGGGUUAAACGCUGAGAUACAUUACAGUCUGGUGGGUUCUGCUGGGAUGUUCAGCAUCAACCCAGAAACUGGUUUAAUCAUCGUAGCAGCAGCACUGGACAGAGAAACCCAGGACAAGUACAACCUCGUCGUGGUCGCACAAGAUCAAGGUCGACCACCUUUAUCAGCGACGGCGUCCGUGGUCGUCACAGUAACUGACGUCAAUGAUAACCCCCCAAAAUUUUCCACACAGCGCUAUGAGGCUAGUGUCUUAGAGAAUGCCACUGUUGGAGCAAACGUGAUUGUUGUCAAUGCCACCGACAAAGACAUCGGUCCUAAUGGUGUUGUGACCUAUCACAUCGCCAAGCAGGAACCGUCUUCUUCACCCGCAGCCUUUUCCAUAGACACCGAGUCCGGGAUAAUAAGCGUGGCCGUACAGCUGGACUACAGCAAGGCGAAGAAAUACACCCUGGAGGUAGAGGGGAGGGAUGGAGGCACUCCGGCUCUUUCAGGCACUGCGGUGGUGGUUGUAUCGGUGGAAGAUGUGAAUGAUAAACCUCCAAAGUUUAGCAAGGAUCAGUACGAUGUAGCUGUCUAUGAGAAUCUAGCUCCUGGAUCUGCAGUGGUGUCACUGGAGGUGACAGAUGACAAUGAGGGUGGAUUCUCCAAUGGGCACUUCCUUUUGACCAGUGAUGUUUUCAGUAUUAACAAGGAAGGUAUGGUCUACCUGUUGAGCAAUUCCAGCCUCGACAGAGAGACAAGAGACAACUAUAUUAUAGAGGUGGUGGCAGUAGAUCAGCCUAUCGAUGGCUUAAGCGCAACGGCCCAGAUCAACAUAACGGUUCUGGAUGUCAAUGACAACAACCCACAAUAUCUUGUUUUCCAAAAUCCUUUAAGGAUCCCUGAAGACAAAACAGGCAACGUGACUCGAAUCCAAGUUACAGACCGUGACAUCGGCCCAAACGGCGAGGUCUCCUUGACCACAUACUCCUAUAACGAAGUCUUUGGAUUUGAAGCGGAUGGGACCCUGAUGGUGACUGGGACAUUAGAUCGAGAGAAACAAGAGGUUUAUGAUUUGAUCCUUGUCGCGAGAGAUUACGGCAUGCCACCAAGACACAACAUUACCACGCUGACUAUUAUUGUGACCGAUGUUAAUGACAACGCUCCGGUAUUCAGUCAGCCUUCCUACUCAAGAAGUGUCUUGGCUAAAGUUGUUAAAAAAGGAGACGUGGUGUUAACCGUUUGGGCUACAGAUCAAGACAUCGGGAACAACUCUCUUAUCACAUACAGGUUCUGUAAGGAAUCCGACAUGGUGGAUUUGAAUCCUGAGACAGGAGACAUCACCUGGACUUACGACCAUUUUAACAUCACCAAAGACUUGGACAUACAGCUUAUUGCUAUAGCAACGGAUCAUGGAACGCCACCUCUAAACGAUACAGCAACGGUCACGAUCAAGGUGAAUACCACCCAGCUGACGGAAGGCAUAGAAUUUAAGAACUCCACCUACUACUUCUCAGUAAAGGAGAAUGAACCGAAGGAAACAAUCGUUGGUGAGGUCAAAGUGCUAACAGGAAGCCAUCUGACUGAGGUCACUUAUAGUCUGAUAUCACACACAGACCUGUUCGCUGUGGACAAAACCGGAGCUAUCAAAACUUUAACGUCACUGGAUAAAGAAGAAAAGGAAACGUACGUCGUUAACGUGGAAGCCACUGACUCCAGGACUCCUCAGAACACGGCUAAGACCACGGUAUUAACCCACAGAAUUAAUCCAACCCUGACCGAACGCAGGUUGAGGUUGUUAGAUAAAAUGGUGUCCUUUCUUAAUAUGUGCUUUCAACAGGUGGUGAUUCAGGUAGAAGAUGUGAACGAGGCACCGACCUUUGAACGUGAAACGUAUACGGCAGAAAUCUUCAGCAUGGCCCCGUUUAGAUAUCCAGUAGUGACUGUGAAGGCUUCGGACCCAGACGUCUGGGACACCGAGGAGCUCCGUUACUCCCUGCAGGAGUCCAGUUCACUGCUGGGAAUUGACAGCAUCUCUGGUCAGGUCUAUGUGCUGGAUUUAACAGGAAUGGGUGGCAAGACGGUAACCACUCGCGUUAAAGCUGCAGAUAAACACGGACUCUCUGCAAGCGCUGGAAUACAGAUAUUCGUGAAGGACAGCACCAGCGAGAACGUUGUGGUGAUCACGCUGAACCAGCCGGUCCACACGGUCGAGAUGAAGAUUACAGAGACGCAGAGGUCUCUGGAGAAGGUGCUCGGUUGGAGCGUGCAAAUCAUCAACGUACGAGGUGAGCACGGAAACCGGAUAGGUUCACACGCAACGAAAAUAAACGCAAAGACGUACAUCAGUUUCAUCGCCGUGGACACGGACGGCGUGACCAUCAGCGCCGAAAGAGUCUACGAGAAGCUAAAGAGCGAAAGCGAGAGCGUGAAAGUUGAACUGGAGAAAGUGUUCGGUCCGGAUGUGGAAUUAGAAGGACUGGAGAAAGAAUCUGUGGACCAGGAGAAUUCGAGCGAUACAGCCGUUAUUGUCCUGGGUGUGAUGUUGGCACUCAGCCUCAUCUCUCUCAUCACUCUGGUGGUGGUCGGGGUCAUAAAGUUCAAGAAGUUUAAAGACACAGAUUCGGAUGAAGAAAGUUUUGACAUAGGAAAGACAGAGAGCUGCAGCGUUGUCAACUACAGUUUCACUAAUGAGGACAAGUGUAAAGCUGAACAGAAGGAUCAACAAAGCUGGAAUAGUAACAGAAAAACAUCAGAAGCGUCUCAGGAGAGAACCUACGAUGCAGACACCAACGUCAUCUCUUCGCUCUAACAACCACCUAAAUAUCUUUAUGUAUACGACAAGAAACUGAAGCAUUUUUCUGUUUCAGGGCCAAAUUUUUAUUUGAACCCCACAUGAGCAGGGAGAGAUUCGCUCGGACUUAAAGAAACAAAGAAAAACAAAGCAGAAAUACAUGUAUUUAUAUUUCUAAACUCUAAACAGAUUUGUCGGUAGAUUUACGGUAAUCCUCCUCCAGGGAAUACAGUAGACGAUCAGAGGAUUAGCAUGGCGCUAAAAUAAUGCUAAAAAAAUGCUAAUCAAGCUAGCGGACGUUAGUGAAUUACAGUAAAUGUUUCACCUUGAAGGAGAUUUUUUUUAAUUAUAAAAAUGGGAAAGUAAAUAUUCUGCUUCAGAUCCAGUACAUUUUAUUUAUAUAUAAAAUAUAAAAUUAAUAAAUUAAUUAACCUAAAAAGGAAACACGUUUGUUUUACUGGUGUGUGUUUUAUAGUCUGGAAAAAAAGAUUUUAAAUAGUAAAACAAAUUUUACUGAGAACUUUGUGUGUAGCAUGAAUUCAAUAAAAUACAUACAAAUUAAAGCUCUUUAGAAAUAUC